AUGGGUGAAAGAAUACUGCUACCACUGUUGCUUUUCUUCAACUGUUUGCUCAGUGCAGUGGCACAAGAUAUUACCAAAGAUCUUGAAGUUCUGAAGUCUCUGAGUGAGUCUUGGCAAGGUCAAAUUCAAAACUGGGAGGGUUCAGAUCCUUGCAGUUGGAAUGGCAUUAACUGCAGAAACUCACGAGUGGUUUCCAUAUCGUUAACAGAUAUUGGUUUGACCGGCCAGCUUUCUGGAGAUAUAGGAUCACUUUCUGAAUUGGAUAAUCUGGAUCUCUCAAACAAUAGGGGCCUGACAGGACCACUUCCACGAGAAAUUGGAAACUUGAAGAAGCUAACGAAACUAACUCUUGUUGGUUGUGGUUUUACUGGUCGUAUUCCAGAUGAAAUAGGAUCUCUGCAACAACUUGAAGUCUUAUCUUUAAACUCCAACAAUUUUGCUGGAUCAAUUCCACCUUCUAUUGGCAAUCUGUCAAAUCUUACUUGGCUAGAUUUAGCUGACAACCAGCUUGAUGGAUCCAUCCCUGUAUCUAGUGGCACUACCCCUGGUCUUGAUAUGUUACACAAUGCAUUGCACUUUCAUCUUGGGAAGAAUAGGCUUUCAGGACAAAUUCCUCCGAAACUUUUUAGCUCGAAAAUGACUCUGAUACAUGUGAUUUUUCACAGCAAUCUACUAGUUGGCAGCAUUCCUGAAACGCUUGGGCUAGUUACGAGUUUGACAGUGGUGCGCUUUGAAAAUAAUUCACUGAAUGGACAUGUGCCUCAGAGCUUCAACAACCUUAUCAAUGUCACAGACCUGUUGUUGUCCAACAAUAAGCUGGAAGGUGCGAUGCCAAACCUUACUGGGAUGAACUCACUAAGAUACUUGGAUCUGAGCAAUAAUAGCUUUGAAAAGUCAAACGUUCCACUUUGGCUUUCGAAUCUGAAGAAUUUAGCAACCUUACAAAUGGAGAAUUUGUACCUAGUUGGAACCAUUCCGAACUUUUUAUUUAGCCUUGGCAAUUUACAGAAUGUUGUGCUGAAAGACAACCACCUUGGUGGAACCUUGGAUAUUGGCACCAACUAUAGCAGACAACUGCGAGUUAUAGAUUUGAGGUCAAAUUCAAUUCAGGACUAUAAGCAAUCAAAUGAUCCCCCACUUAUCAGGAUAAUGCUCGCACAUAACCCGAUUUGCACUGAAAAUGGAGCAGAAACUGUGAAGGAUUACUGCACCAACCUGGAUAUCUUCGAUACAAAGCAACAAAAUAAUUGUGAACAUGGUAGCUGCAGCCCAGAUCAGACUCUCAGCCCCAACUGCAAAUGUGGAUAUCCAUAUACAGGAACAUUGACUUGCAGAGCCCCUUCCUAUUUUGACUGGAGUAAUACAGCAAACCUGGAGGAAAUUCUACUGAAGGAAUUUCAAUCUCAUAAUCUACCUGUUGAUUCAGUUUCUUUAACCCUUUCAACUAAAGAUCCAUUUCGAGGUUUUGAGUUUAUCAUACAAAUUUUCCCACUGGACCAAAAUCAUUUCAGCCAACAAGAGAAAUCUAGUAUAAGCUUAUUGCUUGGCAACCGAAGUGCAUAUAGUGCAUUUGAUUUUAUUGCAGGAAACCAGGUUGAAGGACCUAAGCAGUCAAGUAAUUCAUCAAGCACUGCAAUAAUUAUUGGAGUAGCAAUUGGAGGUUCUUCUCUUUUGCUAGUGUUAUUAGCCCUGGCUGGAUUUUAUGCUUUCCGCCAGAGGAGAAGAGCAGAAAGAGCAAUAUCUCGAAGCAAUCCUUUCGGUAAAUAAUUCUAAACUCAGUUCCUGAACAGCCAAAUGGACUUCCGUGAAUUUAUAUUAAUUGACGCAGAAAAAAAAAUUGCAGGAAACUGGGAUCCAAGUAAAAGCAAUUGCGGCACCCCUCAGUUAAAAGCACCUAGGCAGUUCUCUUUUAAGGAAAUUCAGAAAUACACAAACAACUUCUCACAAGCCAAUGAUGUUGGAUCAGGGGGUUAUGGAAAGGUUUACCGGGGAACUCUUCCCACAGGGGAAGUUGUAGCCAUAAAACGAGCUCAAAAAGAGUCAAAGCAGGGAGCACAAGAAUUCAAAGCUGAAAUUGAACUCCUUUCCCGGGUCCAUCACAUAAAUCUGGUUAGCCUUGUGGGAUUCUGCUUUGAACAGGAAGAACAAAUGCUGGUUUACGAGUUCAUUCCUAAUGGAACUUUGAAGGAUGCUCUCACAUGGAAACGUGGAAUCGCAUUGAGCUGGAGCAGAAGGCUGAAAGUAGCCCUUGGUACUGCCAGGGGUUUGGCUUAUCUUCAUGAACAUGCUGAUCCCCCUAUUAUACACAGGGACAUCAAGUCAAACAACAUCUUGCUAGAUGAGAACUAUAAUGCUAAAGUUUCUGAUUUCGGUCUCUCCAAGUCUAUCUUAGAUGAUGAUAAAGAUCAUGUUACCACUCAAGUCAAAGGAACAAUGGGCUACUUGGAUCCAGAUUAUUAUACUAGUCAGCGGUUGACUGAAAAGAGUGAUGUCUAUAGUUUUGGAGUGCUAAUGCUGGAGUUAAUUACUGCAAAAAGGCCAAUAGAACGAGGGAAAUACAUUGUGAAAGUGGUCAGGAAUACAAUAGAUAAGACAAAAGACUUGUAUGGUCUUCACGAAACUAUUGAUCCAGCCCUUUGUUCAGGAUCAACACUGGAGGGUUUUGAGAAGUUUGUUGACCUUGCAAUGGAGUGUCUUCAAGAUUCAGGAGUCGACAGGCCCACAAUGAGUGAAGUGGUUAAAGAAAUUGAAGAAAUGUUGCGAUCUCUUGGUUUGAACCUAACAUCUGAAUUAGCAGCAUCCUCUUCAUCCAGUCAUAGAUUUCAGGUGAGUAUAGUGAGUUCCCAACUAGACCACCUUUACAGCAAUGAAUCUAUUGGUUCAAGUGCAGAAAAUUUAUAUUCAACAAGUGAGCACAGUUAAGUUAGUCUUUUUCUCAAGAUUGAAGUCAAAGGACGUUUGUUUAUUAGCAUUUCUAGGCCAAAAAAGCAAUUUACAAAUUGUAGAAUUAGAGUUUGUGGUAGUUAGCUUCUAAGUAUAAGUCUGUAUUAUGCUUCACGUUUGCUUCUUUAUCAUUUAUUUCCCAUUUCUCUCCCUCUAAAGAUGUGAAAUGUAGAAAGAAUAUAGGUUCGGAUAUGGAACAUACAAAAAUAUAGACCUUUUUGUUUUGUAUAUGGGCGUGGUUUAUCAAUUUAUGAAUGAGUUCAAUGGCUUUUCUUUUAC